AACACCGAGGAAGCUGGAAGGCUACUGGGCAGCAAGAAUGUCCGUGUCAAUUGCUUGGAUGAGCAUGGCAUGACCCCCCUAAUGCACGCGGCGUACAAAGGGAAAGUGGACAUGUGCAGGUUGCUCUUGCGACACGGAGCUGAUGUUAACUGCAAUGAACAUGAGCAUGGAUAUACUGCCUUGAUGUUUGCUGGGCUUUCAGGAAACAAAGAAAUCACCUGGAUGAUGUUAGAGGCUGGAGCAGAGACUGAUGUUGUCAACUCUGUGGGAAGGACAGCAGCUCAGAUGGCUGCUUUUGUAGGUCAACAUGACUGUGUGACUGUCAUCAACAACUUCUUUCCACGUGAGAGGCUGGACUACUAUACUAAACCACAAGGCUUAGAUAAAGAACCAAAACUGCCCAUAAAAUUAGCUGGCCCUCUACAUAAAAUUAUUACUACUACUAACAUGCAUCCUGUUAAGAUUGUAUUACUGGUAAAAGAGAACCCUCUAUUGGCCGAAGUAGAAGCACUGCAGAAAUGUUACAGGGUUCUGGAUCUAAUUUGUGAGAAAUGUAUGAAGCAGAAAGAUAUGAAUGAAGUACUUGCUAUGAAAAUGCACUACAUCAGUUGCAUCUUCCAGAAAUGUAUUACAUUCUUAAAAGAGCGAGAGGAUAAACUAGAUGGGUUUAUCAAAAGUCUCUUGAAAGGGAGAGAGAAAGAUGGUUUCCCUGUGUAUCAAGAGAAGCUAAUUCGAGAAAGUAUCCGAAAGUUUCCUUACUGUGAAGCUACUUUGCUCCAGCAGCUCGUGAGAAGUAUUGCUCCUGUUGAAAUAGGUUCUGAUCCUACAGCUUUUUCUGUACUUACACAAGCUAUUACUGGCCAAGUGGGUUUUGUGGAUGCUGAAUUUUGUACAACUUGUGGGGGAAAAGGAGCAGACAAAAGAUGUUCAGUAUGUAAAAUGGUGAUGUACUGUGACCAGAACUGCCAGAAGAUUCACUGGUUUACCCACAAAAAAGUCUGCAAGACCCUGAAGGAGAUUCAUGAGAAACAAGAACUAGAAGCUGCCAAAGAAAAAAGGAAACAAGAAAAGAAGCAAAAGAAAGAAGAAGAGCAACUAGUAGAGGGUAGUUCUACAAGUGAAGAACAGUCAGAUCUUCGUCCAGAUGCUACCAAAGAAGUGCAUCCAAAGCAUGCUACUGACCGAACAGAAGAACUUGAAUUUACCAAAGAGAAGGUGUCACUAGCCCUGAAUCCUGAAAGUCCCCUGGAAAGUCAGACUGACUUAGCUGACAUUGCUCUUCAAAAAAUUAAAGAUUCUGAGGAAUAAGAGGGUAGGAAGCAACUAAGUGUUCUGGCUAUGUCCCUGUACCUUACAGUUUCUAAAGAAUUUGUUAUGCUGACCACGUCCGAGUUCUUACAGCAUAGCUUAUGCAAGACUCCCUUUGAAAGAUAGCAUGUCUCUGUUCAUCAUCAGAUGAAAUACUGACUAAUUUAUCUAUAAUUCCUUCAGGUUUUGUUGUAGAUUGUCAAAUUAGGUAUUUAUUAUCUGAUAUAAAAGUGUCAAAGAUCCAUCUGUAUGUAUACCAACAGUAAACAGAGGGAAAAUAUAUGAGUAUCUGUGGUUAAUAAGCCACAUAGU